CAGAAUUGGAGGCCUCGCCGAACAAGCACGACGCAAUAGAAUUGGAUAUCUCGCCGAACAAGCACGACGCAAUAGAAUUGGAUAUCUCGCCGAACAAGCACGACGCAAUAGAAUUGGAUAUCUCGCUGAACGAGCACGACGCAAUAUAAUUGGUUGCCUCGCCAUACGAACACGACACUACAGAAUUGGAUGCCUCGACGAGCGAACACAAAACAAUUUUCGACGAGAUAAUUUCAUUUCGAAAAUUCAACGUACUCUGUUUCUAUUCGAAUUAUUAUCUGGAUUAUAAUCAUAAUUGUGGAUUUAUUAUAUCACAAUUUUAAUCGUACGUACAUUAUCCCAUUAUUGAACUUAACGAUAAUAUUCAUAAUAAAUAACGAUUAUUCACGAACAAUUGAUAUAUUGGUGCAAUUUAGUAAGUCUGUUCCAUUUUAUAAAUUGUACCUUUUGUUAUUAUCAUUUUUUUCAUCGAUUCAUUUCUCUCAGUGACAAUUACGUUAUAUUCGCAUACUAUUUAAUUUAUUAUUAUUAUUAGUAGUAAUGUCUUUAAAUAACGAAACAAUCGAUCUUUCACAGUCACCAUCCGUGGGAGUUAUUAAUGUUACUAUUCCCUCUUUUAAUGUUAAUGAUCCUCAACUCUGGUUUAUUAGACUUGAAAAUUACUUCGUAGCCAAUCGUAUUCUUUUACAGCGACAUAAGUUCGGCUAUGCAAGCUCACUACUUCCAGAUGAAGUAGCAGUCAAGGUACGAGAGGUCCUAACUAAGCCGGAUGCGGUAAAUCCGUACGACGUAUUGAAACAGGCCGUAAUAAAAGCUCUCUCGUUAAACGACCGGCAGGCUGUCGAGCAGUUGCUCAGUGAAGUUCAAAUCGGAGAUAGAACGCCUUCGCAGUUAAAAACGUAUAUGAGCAACGUAAUUGGAGACAGAAAUGUGGAUAAAAAUAUAUUUUACCACUUAUGGUUGCGACGACUCCCACCGAACGUACAGCAGAUCCUCGCUGUUGGAGAUAGCGAUGUAGACAUAGACAAUAUCGCUAAAAUAGCCGAUAAGAUUUACGAGAGAAUGAGAAAUGCGACUUCACAAACACUCAACUUCACAGUUGACGAAAGAAUCGAGGCCUUGCAAAAGGAAAUUAAUGCGCUAUGCCAUAAACUAACGAGUCUAAAUCACAACGACAGGAAAAGAAGUUGGUCGCGCAGCAGAUCAAGAGAUAGAAACCGAUCAUUUUCUAAGGGACUACCAGAUCCUGCUAUAUGCUGGUACCAUCAAACAUUUGGGUACAGAGCUCGAAAAUGCAGGUCUCCAUGCAAAUUUAAACGAUCCCAACGAUUCUCAGUAACGACUACGAAAAUCAACGCAGCUCCCACGAGCAAUCGUUUAUUCUAUGUUCAGGACAGAGUAACGGGCGCGCAGUUUUUAGUAGACACGGGAGCAGAGAUAAGCGUCGUCCCUCCAUUGAGCAACGAAAAACAAAAUAUCGAUACUGCGCUAACUCUUAAAGCAGCGAAUAGAUCCGAUAUAAAGACAUAUGGCAAG